UCCUCGCUGCCGACGUCACUUCCAGGUGUCACUAGGCUGCUCGGUGCGGCGCUGGGGAGCAGAGCCGCCGGGAAGAUGUGAACCAGGCCAGCGCUCAAGACCCGUCACAACAAUACCGAUAAUAAAGCCUAUCUGUUCGACACUGAGCGCGCCGACGGACGUACGGUACGGGACGGGAGUCUACACGGACAGCACGUUGAUACGCGGCGUUGUCUCUCCCGUAUCAGCGGAGUAGCGGAGCGCACCGCCCGGAGCAGCCAUCUUUAGUGGGAGAAUGGACGGGGGGGCGACGCGGCGGGCCUGGUCGGGCUGCGGCCGGAGCCUGAGCCGCGGGGGGCCGGGGACGCUGCUCACUCCUCUGCUGGUGCUCUUCUCCGUGGUCGGUCUCCUCUCCGGGACUCCCCGGCUGUCGGAUGUGAAAGACUGCGACAAACCCUGCGUGAACGGCCGGUGCAACACGGCCACUGGCGGCUGUGUGUGCCUUGCCGGCUGGGUGGGGGAGCAGUGCCAGCACUGCGGUGGUCGCUUCAGGUUGACCGGACCUUCUGGGUACCUGACGGACGGACCCGGGAACUACAAAUACAAGACCAAGUGCACCUGGCUGAUCGAGGGACAGCCCAACACCAUCCUCCGACUGAGGUUCAACCACUUUGCCACCGAGUGCAGCUGGGACCACCUCUACGUGUACGAUGGGGACUCCAUCUACGCCCCCCUGCUGGCCGCCUUCAGCGGUCUGAUCAUCCCGGAGCGCUAUGGCAACGAGACCACCCCGGAGGUGGCCUCCGUCUCCGGCUACGCCCUGCUGCACUUCUUCAGCGACGCCGCCUACAACCUGACCGGCUUCAACAUCUCCUACAGGGUGAACUCGUGCCCUAACGACUGUUCGGGGCGUGGCGAGUGUCGCCCCGGUAACGGGACGGGCUUGGCGGUGCAGUGCGAGUGCGAGGACCAGUGGAAGGGGGAGGCGUGCCAGGUGCCCUACUGCCAGGCCGACUGUGGCUACCCAGAGAGGGGCUACUGCCAGACCAGCAACAAGGCCUGCUCCUGCUACCCCGGCUGGCAAGGUCCCGGCUGCUCCGUGUCGGUGCCGGCCAACGCCUCCUACUGGCGGCGGGAGGAGUACGAGGAGGCGGGGCUGGCGCGGGCCUCCCACCGGGCGCUGGUCCACCAGGGGGUGAUGUGGGUCUUCGGGGGCUACGUCUUCAACAGCUCCGACUACCAGAUGGUCAAAGCGUUUGACUUGACCGCCCGGAGCUGGCUGUCCCUGGACGCCAGUGUGAACGUCGUCACGCCUCGCUACGGACACUCGCUCGCCGAGUACGAGGGGAAGGUCUACAUGUACGGGGGGAAGAUCGACUCCACGGGCAACGUGUCCACCCAGCUGUGGGCCUUCCACGUGCAGAACCAGACCUGGGUGUUGCUGAGCCCGCGGGCCAAGGAGCAGUACGCGGUGGUGGGCCACACGGCCCACGUGGUGCCCCCGCUGGCGGACCAGGAGGAGGGCGGCGCCGGGGGGGCCGGGGGGGCCGUCAUGCUGGUGCUGUUCGGACACUGCCCCCUCUACGGGUACAUCAGCCAGGUCCAGGAGUACGACAUCGCCAGGAACUCGUGGCGCAUGGUGUCCACGGACGGGGCCCUGGUGCAGGGGGGCUACGGCCACAGCAGCGUGUACGACUCCGCCUCGCGCUCCAUCUACCUGCACGGCGGCUACAAGGCGUACAGCGCCAACAAGUACGGCCUGGCCGGAGACCUCUACAAGUACCAGGUGGAGGGCAGCAAGUGGACCAUCCUGCGGGACAGCGGCUUCUACCGCUACCUGCACUCUGCGGUGCUGGUGGGCGGGGCCAUGCUGGUGUUUGGCGGGAACACGCACAACGACACGUCCAUGAGCCACGGCGCCAAGUGCUUCUCCACGGACUUCAUGAGCUACGACCUCGGCUGUGAUGAGUGGAAGGUUCUCUCUCGACCUGAUCUCCAUCAUGACGUCAACCGCUUCGGUCACUCUGCGGUCUUCAGCGACGGGGCGAUGUAUGUGUUCGGAGGGUUCAACAGCCUGCUCAUGAGCGACGUGCUCGUGUACACCUCCCCCAACUGCUCCGCCUACUCAAGCCCCGCCUCCUGCGGCCAGGCCUGGCCCGGGAUUCGCUGCGCGUGGAACGACACGUCGGAGGCCUGCCUCCACGCCCACCUGCAGCCCUCGGUCGCCUGCGCUGGACGCACGUACCCAGAGAGCGAGCGCUGUGAGCAGUACACCGACUGCUACAGCUGCACCGCCAACACCAACGGCUGCCAGUGGUGCGCUGUCAAGUGUCUGUCGCUGGGCAGCAACUGCUCCUCGUCCGCGGGGGCCGUGAGCGAGUACGACGGCUGCCCCAAGGACAACGCCUCGUUCGUGUGCAACAAGAAGACCAGCUGCAAGAGCUGCUCCUCGGACCAGAACUGCCAGUGGGAGCCACGCAACCAGGAGUGCAUCUCCCUGCCAGAGAACGUGUGUGGCGAGAGCUGGCAUCUGGUGGGCAACUCGUGCCUCAAGUUCCUGACGGCGAAGGACUCGUACGACAACGCCAAGCUGGCGUGCCGCGGGUACAGCGGGGUGCUGGCCUCGCUCACCUCCCCCAAGGAGGUGGACUUCGUCCUGAAGGAGCUGCAGAUCAUGAGCGUGGUGUACAAGGCGCUGGUGACCCCCUGGGUGGGCCUGAGGAAGAUCAACGUGUCGUACUGGUGCUGGGAGGACAUGUCGCCCUUCUCCAACACCAGCCUGCAGUGGCUGCCCGGGGAGCCCAGCGACGCCGGCUUCUGCGGCUACCUGGCGGAGCCGGCGGCUAGCGGCCUGCGCGCCCAGAGCUGCAUCAACCCCGUCAACGGCAGCCUGUGCGAGCGCCCCGCCAACCACAGCGCCAAGCCGUGCCGCACGCCGUGCGCCAUGCGCACCAACUGCAACGAGUGCACCAUCAGCAGCUCGGAGUGCAUGUGGUGCAGCAACAUGAAGCAGUGUGUGGACUCCAACGCCUACGUCGCCUCCUUCCCCUUCGGCCAGUGCAUGGAGUGGUACACCCUGAGCACCUGCCCACCGGAGAACUGCUCAGGGUACGGGACCUGCUCCCAGUGCAUGGAUCAGCCGGGCUGCGGCUGGUGCACCGACCCCAGCAACACGGGCAAGGGCCAGUGCAUGGAGGGCUCCUACCGGGGGCCCUUCCAGACGGAGGUGCCCGCCCCCUCCAGCCUGCCCGGCAUGGCGCCCGGCCUGCAGGUGGCGCUCAACGCCAGCAUGUGCCCCGGCCAGGCCAAGUACAACUGGUCCUUCGUCCACUGCCCAGCGUGCCAGUGCAACGGCCACAGCCAGUGUGUGAACCAGAGUGUGUGUGAGAAGUGCGAGGACCUCACCACCGGAAGCCACUGCGAGAGCUGCGUCUUCGGCUUCUUCGGCGAACCCACCAACGGCGGAAGCUGCCAGCCGUGCCGGUGUAACGGCCACGCUGGCAUGUGUAACCCCACCAACGGAAAGUGUUACUGCACCACCAAAGGCAUCAAGGGAGACCGCUGCCACCUGUGUGAAGUGGAGAACCGUUACCAAGGCAACCCUCUGAAAGGAACCUGCUACUACACGCUGCUCAUCGAUUACCAGUUCACCUUCAGCCUAUCCCAGGAGGACGACCGCUACUACAUCGCCAUCAACUUCGUGGCCACGCCGGAGGAGCCGAACCGCGACCUGGACAUGUUCAUCAACGCUUCCAAGAACUUCAACCUGAACAUCACCUGGGCCACCAGCUUCACAGCUGGGACCCAGAGUGGGGAGGAGAUCCCCAUCGUCAACCGGAUCAACAUCAAGGAGUUCAAGGAGAGCUUCUCCAACGAGAACUUUGACUUCCGCAACAACCCCAACAUCACCUUCUUCGUCUACGUCACCAACUUCACCUGGCCCAUCAAGAUACAGAUUGCCUUUUCGCAGCACAGUAACUUCAUGGACCUGGUGCAGUUCUUUGUCACAUUCUUCAGCUGCUUCCUGUCUCUGCUCCUGGUCGCCGCCGUCGUCUGGAAGAUCAAACAGAGCUGCUGGGCAUCACGGCGACGAGAGCAACUGCUGAGGGAGAUGCAGCAGAUGGCCAGCCGACCCUUCGCCACCAUCAACGUGGCCAUGGAGGUGGAGGAGGAGCCGCCCGACCUGGUUGGAGGAAACGUCAAGAGCAUGCCUAAGCCCAUUGCCCUGGAGCCCUGCUUCGGGAACAAGGCGGCCGUCCUCUCCAUCUUCGUGCGGUUACCCAGAGGCUCCGGGGGCAUCCCGCCCCCCGGCCAGUCAGGUCUGGCGGUGGCCAGCGCCCUGGUCGACGUGUCCCAGCAGAUGUGUCUGGGCUUCAAGGAGAAGUCCGGAGGCCUGCGGAGCCGCAAGCAGCAGCCCAGCGCACAGCCCUCCACCUGCAUCUGACCACGC